CCUUUCGAGGUGAUUCGCUCCGUUGGCUCUGAUUUAGAUCAGCUCUAGUGCUUCGAGCGCAAGCAAGGGUUGCAUAUUGUGAAGAGCGUAGAGAUUCAGAUUGUGCGGGGAGCUUGUAUGCUGGUGUGUCGGUGUUCGUUUGAAGCUGUCUGGAGUCGAAUUUUCUGGAGAGUUGGAGUGUUCCGAGGAGGAAGCAGGGUGUGUUUGGUUCGUGGGGUUUGAUGGCGUAUGCGGAACAGCGGGAAGUGCGGCUAUGGCACGACAAGCGGGAGAGAGAGAUGUACGAUAACUUCGCGGAUUUGUUCGCAAUCAUUAAGACAACGGAGAAGCUAGAGAAGGCAUAUGUUCGGGACGUUGUGAGCGCGAAGGAGUACGAACCAGCGUGCUCCAAGUUGAUCGCCCAGUUUCGGACAUUGAAAACGGCGUUGAAGGAUAUCGUGCCAGAUGUGGAACAGUUCGCUGAAACGUACAAGAUGGAUUGCCCCGCAGCUCUCAACCGGCUGUUGGUCUCGGGAGUUCCUGCUACUGUUGAGCACAAAAGCACGUCCUCGGAUGCUGGCACUGCAUCUGCCGUCGCAGAGUGUGUGCAGUAUUUUAUCACCUCCAUGGAUGCGUUGAAACUAAAUAUGCUUGCUGUUGACCAGGUUCACCCUAUGAUGAACGACCUGAUUCUGGCAUUGAGCAAGGUUCCACAGUUGUCCCCCGAUUUUGUGGGGAAGGUGAAGGUGAAGGAGUGGAUAGCAAGAUUGAACAGAAUGAGUGCAUCUGAAGAACUUACUCAAGAACAGGCAAGACAGUUGUCCUUUGAUCUGGAGAUGUCAUAUAACGGUUUUAUUCAGUCAUUGCCCAAGUCUUCUUGAAGCUGGUUUGUUGCUUCCUGUACGAUGGUAAUCCAUUUUUCAGGUGUAGGUUGACCAUGUCCCUCUAAGAUGGUCUUGGUAGUUUAGUCUUGUACAUCAGAAAUUCAUUGUUCUGAAUAAAAUUAUGUCUAUGUACAUACCUAUAUUUGUCAAGCAAUUGAGCUUUAUAUUUAAAUACGUGGAUAUAUCUCAUAA